CAGUUUUGCGAGAGUCUUUCUUGAUUUCAGUUAUUAAAUUGCAAAGAUAUAUUUCUAAAUUAUUUUUUAAUUUUAUUUUUGUAAUGAGGUCAAGUUUUCGUUAAUUAUUUAAUAAUGCACUGUGUUUAUGUUACAAUAUUAUGAUAAAUUUUUUUGCAAAAAAAAAAGUGUUAGAAUUAAAAUUAAAAAAUGCAAAUAAAAGAUAAGAAAACUAUUGUUAUUGGAGCAGCUAGUAGUUUAGGUUUGGCUUUUAGUAGAGAACUUUUACGAAAUGGUGCAGCGAUUGUAAUUCUUGUGGAUGUUGAGGAAUCAAUAGGAAAAUCAAUUGUGGAUAAGCUCAAUUUAGAAUUUGGAAAAAAUCGAACUAUAUUUUUGCAAUGUGACGUGACAAAAAAUUCAGAAUUCGAUGCAACUUUUAAAAAAGCAAUUUCAAUUCUUGGUGGAUUGGAUAUUUUAAUAAAUAAUGCCGAAGUUACAAGUGAAGAGAAUUUUGUCAAGGCUGUUGAUAUUAAUGUUACUGCAGUCAUUAGAGGAAGUUUAUUAGCGACUCAACAAAUGGGCAGAGAUACUGGUGGAAAAGGUGGUGUAAUUAUUAAUGUCUCAUCAGUUGCUGGUCUUCAAGCAUUGCCUAAUUAUCCAAUUUAUUCAGCUACGAAACAUGCAAUUGUUGGAUUUAGUCGUUCAUUCGGACAACCUUACCAUUAUCAGCGAACAGGUGUUCGUAUAAUAGUCCUUUGUCCUGAAAUAACAAAUACUUUUGAGUCAACGACUUCCAAAGAUUCAAUAGAUUUGGAAAAUCUCGAGUGUCCUGAUUUUUUCGACUCGGAAAAAGAUAUUCAUUCUCAAAAAGUGAAAAAUAUAGCUCACGGAUUGGUUUAUGUCAUAAGAUGUGCCCAAAAUGGCAGCAUUUGGGUUAGUGAAGAAGGAAAACCUGUAUAUGAAAUUCAAAUUCCUGAUGCAUUACCAAUGAAGUCAAAAGUUGAUAAUAUUUGUGCACCCGAUUUUAAAAUGACUGAUUCAGGAACAAGAAGUCGACGAUCAUCUGGUUCAGAGAAAAUUAAAGAAUUAGAAGAAAUUAACAGUAUUGUUGCUGGAAAGAAUAUUUUAAUUACCGGUGGAGUUGGUGGACUUGGACAAGCGUUUGUUAAUCAUUUUUUGCAACACGGUGUAAACAAAAUUACAAUUUUGGAUAUCGACAAAAUAUCAGGAAUGAGAAUAGCAUCUGCAAUGGAUAAAUCGCAUGGAAAGAAAAAAUUGAUUUUUAUUCAUACAGAUGUAUCUAAACAUGAAUCAAAUGCAGAUGCAUUUAAAGAAGCAAUAUCAGCUAUGGGAAAUAUAGAUAUUGUGAUAAAUAAUGCAGGCAUUUUAGAUGAAAGAAGAUGGGAGAAGGAAAUAGCUGUUAAUCUCAGUGGUAUGAUGUCAAUUGCUACUCUAGCCGUGGAAUACAUGUCUAAAGAAAAAGGAGGACGAGGUGGAAUACUAGUAAAUAUUGGCCAAAAUAUAGACUUCCGAUGGACAGCACAACUUCCAGUUUAUACGGCAACAAAAUAUGCAAUUCUUGGAUUAUCACAAUCAUUAGCAGUCAAAUGUGAUUUUAACAAAACUGGUAUUCGAAUAUUAACUCUAUCACCAGGAUUAACAGAAACGGCAUUAACGAUAGAUAGUCCAAAUAAAUUAUUAUCCAGAGUUAUGAAAGCAGAUUUUGUUAAAAAUCUUGAACAACUUCCAAUUCAAACACCAUUUAUCGUUGCUCAAGGUUUAAUGACAAUUCUCAGGUUUGGAGAAAGUGGAAGUAUAUGGGUAAUAGAAAAUGGAAGUUCACCACACGAAGUUUUUGUACCGUAUUAUCGUGAUUUGCGACGUAUAUAUAAAAAUAAUUUCACAGUUGUUGACACUGUUAAAGUAACAAAAGGACGACCAAUAAGAGAAGUUUGUGACAAUACAAGAACUGGCCUAAUGAGUUGCGCUUGAUUAGAAAUUAUAUUUUUUUUUAAAUAAAUAUUUUGUAAUCUAAUUAUAUUUUUUGUACAAUAAUAGUUUAAUUAAAUUUUUGAAUUUAUUCAACAAACUGAAUUUUUAAUAUAUAGAAAUUUUUUAACUUUACGAUUAUCAAGGAAAAAGAGAAAAAAAAAAUUCCAAGUUUCUUGAUAUUUUCAUAUAUUAUUCGAUUGGGAAUCACAAUAUUCGCUGUACAAAAUCAAAAAACAUACACUGUCAGAAAUCGCGCUCAUUGCAUUCAUUUAAUUUUUCUUUUUUCUCUCGUUUUUAUUUAUUUAUUUAUUUAUUUUUAAUUUAAUAUGUGAGUGCAUGUGUAAUCAAACAUAAAAUAUGCGCUUUUUCUUUCACCAUUCCUUGCGUUCUUCAUUUUUUAAUGAUUGUUUUUUAUUUUUAUUAUUUAUCUUUUUUUUUUUUUUUAUUACGCACGUAGCCUAGGAAGGAUUUCGCUCCUAUAAUAAUUAUUAUUAUGUAUUAUUUCAACUAAAUAUCUAAAUAUGUAUUGUAUGUAUAUUGGUGCGACUCUCUUUCUUUCUCUCUCUUUUUCUCUUUCUGCAAGAGCCAAUACAAAAAUAACAGUCGUGAAUGAUUGGCGAAUUACGCCUUUUUAUUUUUUUCUUUUAUUUUUUAUUUCUGCUCAUUACGCGGAAUAAUCAUGCAUUAAUUCACUUUUAAAUCCUUUUUUUUUUUUUUUUCUUUUUUUUUUAAAGUCGAGUACCAUGAGAAAAAGGAAGCUUUUCGGAUGUUUUGCAUAAAAAAGAGGGAAAAUUAUUAAUAUUAUUAUCAUUAAAGUCAAAAAUUACACGAGUCACAUUUAAUGCGUCCGGCAUUAUUCGAUAUAUAAAUUAUUAUUAUUUUUUUCAUCUCUAUAAAACAAGUUCCUUCUUAUUUUUUUUCGUUUUGUAUUUUUUUUUUUUUUUUUGUUCUUCUCUUCCCUCUUUUGAGAUUCAGAGCUGAAUCCUCUUCUCAUGGUAACCGAUCUGUGUGUGAAAAAAAGCGGCGUAUAAAUUAGGAACGACUCGAUAUGCGUCCCGUUCAAAAAUCAAAAUUCUUCUAGUAAAUGUAUAAAAGUAAAAUAUAUAAUUAAUUUCCAUCUAACGCAUAACGUAAUUAUUUUUUAAAUUCUAAACUUUACAUAUGUCAAUAAAUGUUUGGAAUUUAAAAAAUCCUAAACGUAUUGUCCUAGUCUACUGGCGACAGGAUGCACAUUCCCAUAUAUUUUUUUUACCGCUACCAAUUUUUUCUUUUUUUUUCUAAUUAAGUCAAAAGGUCAUUAUGACCUGUAAAAAAAAAAAAAAAAAAAAAAAAGAAAUUGGCGUGACUCCACCAA